AUGCCUUUAAGAUUAACAACUUUUAUACACUUUUUGAUAACUUUUAAACAUAACCUUAUUUCUAUAAUUUCCAGAAAAACUUUAUCUUUAUUUAUUUGGUGCAAAGUUGCCUUGAUCAUAAUGGGAGAGCCAAAUGAAAUGAGAAAGUACGGACAGUGGUCUGAAGCGGACAUGAAAGCAGCCUUAAAUGUUUUUUCGUGAGGGAAACAUAGGUUUUAAUGAGGUUUGUCCCCAAUAUCCCAAAGCCAAUAUUUAGGAGGCAUUUAAAGUCCUAUAAUGUUAGAGCCAAUGAAUCAAAAAAAUAAUAGGUCGAUCCUGUUCUUUUUCUGAGGAGAUGGAGGACGACUUGGAAAGCAUAUUUUAACACUAGAGUCAAUUUUUUUGGAGUGACUAUUCGAGAACUAAGAAAGGCUGCCUUUGAAUUCGCUGAACGCAAUGGUCUUAAACAUAAUUUUAAUAAAACCACAAGGAUGGCUGGAAAAAAAAUGGUUUUAUAGCUUUAUGAGUCGCCAUCCACAACUUUCCUUGAGACAACCAGAAUCAACUUCGAUCGCACGAUGUAAAGGUUUCAACAGAAGCAAGGUUCAGGAG